ACGAUUUCUCCGCCGGCGUCGUGGUAUUCCCAUUCACAGUAAGUUCAAAGCGAUGGGGCUUGAGUGGGGUAAAGACGGAGUUGUACUGGCGGCGGGGAUGGGAAAACAAGGAACGCUGUAACUAAGGCCGUUUGUUUUACUUACUCGGGAUCCGCGAGACACGUCAGAACGGCCGUACCUCAUCAUCCGGAGCUUAAGCUGGCGUUGAUGUAAAAAGAUGAGCGACAUUGAUGAGCAAUUUUACUUGGAAGCAACACCUUUUGAGCUGUCUUGGAAUUAAAUUCUAGUGGAUAUACACAGGUUCAUACUAAGGAAAAUGGCUGCCUCUUCCUCAUCAUCUUCAGCUGGUGGAGUUAGCGGGAGCUCUGUGACUGGAUCUGGAUUCAGCGUCUCAGACCUUGCUACACCGCGGAAAGCUCUCUUUACCUACCCUAAAGGAGCUGGAGAAAUGUUAGAAGAUGGCUCAGAGCGAUUCCUUUGUGAAUCAGUUUUCAGCUAUCAAGUUGCAUCUACGUUAAAGCAAGUAAAACAUGAUCAGCAGGUUGCUCGAAUGGAAAAACUUGCUGGUUUAGUUGAAGAACUGGAGGCAGAUGAAUGGAGAUACAAGCCCAUAGAACAGCUUCUGGGAUUUACUUCUUCACUGGGUUGAAAACUUGUAGUCUGUUGAUGUGGGAAGAUAAAGCACCUGCAUAAGUCUCUUUUAAAAUAUUUGGUUGUUCUAUAUGGCACUCCCCCAGUGUAAUAAAAGAGCAAUCUAUUGCUGAUGUUUAUUUUACCAGAUGCAGUAAAAGGUGGAUCUUUUUAUAAAGAUUUAACAGCUUAUAAAAACUUUUCAGCAGCCUGGACAUCUUUUCCAGCAGCCUGCCAGCUUGUUGCAGGAGGGUGUGCUUUCUGUAACACAGGAGAUACAAUCAACUUUCAGAGAAUAACUUGUUUGCUUAAAGGGGAAUGGAUGGUUAUUUAAACUUCCAGCCCUUUACCCUGACCUUGGAGCUUACAUGCUGAAAGUUGUCUGGGUAAUUGGACCCAGUUGCUAUUCAAGUUAAACUCCUGGAGGGCAGAGUAAAAAAAGACAAGGCUUUGGCCUUAAGCUGCUACUUUGAAGAUGGAUGUGAUAAAACAGUAGGAUGGGCAGAAAAACGUUAACUGUUUCCUGUGCUUAGAUAUUCUAGUUUUUGUUGAGUGUUUUUUUUUUCACAUGUUCUUCUGUUAACUGUAAAAAUGUUGGCAAGUGACGGCAACUGCUGUUAAACAUAGAAUUUCUAAAAAGAAGCAUUGGUUGCCCUUUUCAUUUGUUCCAGUAUAUUUAACUCUCUGUUUGGCAAAUAAAUUAUUUUCAGCUACU